AUGGUAGCAGAAACCAAGCUCUAUGAUGUGCUCGGCGUCAAGCCAAACUGUAGCGAUGAUGAUAUAAAGAAGGCAUACAAGAAAAUGGCAUUGAAGCAUCACCCAGACAAGAACCAGAACAGCCCAGAAUCAGCAGAGAAGUUCAAGGAGGUCUCGCAAGCAUUCGAAAUCCUCUCCGACCCCUCAAAGCGAAAAACCUACGAUCAAUAUGGCCUCGAUGGAGGAGCAGGCAGUAUGCCCGGUGGCUUCAACUUCGGCGGAGCUAAUAGUAUGCCUGGCGGCGGUGUCCGCUACGAGUUCAGCAGUGGUAGUCCAGGCGGUGGAGGCUUCAGCUUCAGCAACCCGGAGUCGAUAUUCAGUGAGUUCCUGCGGGGGCAAUCUGGUAUGGGUGGUGGAGAUGGUUUUGAGGAUCUCUUCAGUGGUGGGGGAGGAAUUCCGCGAGCGAGACAGAAUAGCGGACGCCCGAGACCGGCAUAUAGCUCUGAGUCGAGGCAGAGAGCCCAGACUCCAGAACCCACAACAGUGGAGAGACCCCUGGAGGUGACGCUUGAGGAGCUGUUCAAUGGCACCCACAAGAAGAUGAAGAUCAAGCGAAAGCUGUUUGAUGAGGUUACCGGUAAGAGAACCACGCAAGAAAAGGUUUUGGAGAUGGACAUCAAGCCUGGAUUGAAGAAGGGCAGUAAGAUUAAGUUCAAGGGUGUUGGAGACCAGGAGGAGGGUGGUCAGCAAGAUCUACAUUUCGUUGUUACAGAGAAACCACACGCACUCUUCACCCGCGACGGUGACGAUAUCCACUACACAGUCGACUUGGAACUUAAAGAGGCUCUCACGGGCUGGAAGAGAACAAUUACCACGAUCGACAGGAAGCAAAUCAGCCUCGACAAAGCAGGCCCCACCCAGCCCGGCAGCAAGGAAAUCUAUCCGAACCUCGGCAUGCCCUUGAGCAAGAAGCCAGAUACGAGGGGUGACUUCAUCGUGACGUAUAAUGUGAAGUUCCCGACUAGCUUGACACCAAAGCAGAAGGAAGAGUUGAAGAGGAUUCUUUAG